AAUGCCUUAGCCAGAGAGGCCAGGAUUUUGAAAGUGCCAGUUUUCCAGAAUCUCACCGUAAAGGGCACAGAUAUCUCUCUGUCAGGUUACAAAAAAGCAGUUCUCUGGAUUGCAGAAAUCAGCUCCCAGUUCCAGUUUUACCCAUAAACGUUCACCUUAGCCACCAGAAUCUUCAAUGCUCUGUUGGCAUCAGGAAAGGCCCAAUUAAAAUAUCUGCAGUGCAUUGCAAUUUCCUGCCUUGUCCUUGCAGCAAAAACCAAUGAAGAUGAGGUAAUACCAUCAGUGCAGACGCUAGUGGUGCAGAGCAGAUGUAAACACUCUCCAGCCGAGAUCUUGAGAAUGGAAAGAAUUCUACUGGAUAAGCUUCACUGGGAUCUUUACACAGAAACACCAAUGGAUUUCUUAAACAUUUUCCAUGCCAUGGUGAUGUCCAGCUGGCCCCAUCUCCCACCCAGACUGCCUCAGAGGAAUCCUUCCCUCCACGUUGCACUCUUGACCAAGCAGCUGCAGCACUGUAUGGCCUGCCACCAACUUGUGCAGUUUAAGGGCUCCACGUGGGCUUUGGUGAUCAUCACCUUGGAGCUGGAGAGGCAGACUCCUGGUUGGCUUCCUGUUAUUACUGAUCUGCUAAAAAAAGCACAGGUAGGAAGCAAAACGGCCUUUGGUCACAAAUCCUGGAGGCAGGACAUGAUAAAGAAUAAAGCCAUGUGUAUUUACAGCCAAUAUUGCACUUCAGCAGCUCCUGAGACUUGUGUCCUUGUCCUGCCUCUGCCACAGACCUUGCUGGUACUAACAAAAGGGAACAAAAGUGCAGUUCAGGGCUGGGACUGGGGAGAGGGACAUCCCUUUGGCAGGGAAGGGAUGGUUCCAAAUUCUUGGCCAGAGAUUGCUGCCUGCAUCCUGAGCCAGGAGAAAUUCUCUCAUGAUGGGAGAAUCUGAGAGCACCUAGAAAUCUGCCCAGUUUCCUCCCUCUGAACUGAGGAAACUUUUAGGUACAAUCACAUAGCUCUAAAAAUACAAUCCAGCUUGACUUCUAAUGAUUUAAGACAAGCUCUUUUUUUUUUUUAAAGAAAAAAGCUUUUCCCCAUUUUCAUAAAAUACAUGCCUUCUAAGAGAGCACACUUAGAAGGCUAAACACCCAGGCUAUCAGUUUGCCAUCCACCCAUAUUUCAGACCAGCAGGUCCCAGCAAACAGAACAGCCAAAAUAACAGGGCAAAAGUGGCACUGUGCUUCUCAGAGGACAAAGACACUUGGUAUUAUCAGUCCAUUUUUUAUGUCCUUCCUAAGCAGUAUGUGGUACCCCUCAGUUUUAAGAUUACGUAAAGACAGAAAGCUGGGGAGGGGAGGGACUUGGUCACAGUCCUGCAACCCAGGGAUCCAGUUGGCAGGCAGCUACAAACUUCAUGGAGCACCAAAUGCCUCAGAGUUUAUUUUUAAAACUGCCAUGAUGAAGUUUGACAGAUUGAGCCUUUCAUCCAGCUCAUACCAUUGUUCCCUCAUUAGAGCUAAUCUGGCUCUGCCCAUGGGAGCUGAACAGGAGCUGCUGUCGAGGAAUGGGCAGCCCCCACUGCUGCCUCUGCAAGAGAUCUCAGAUGGAACCAAGGUUUUGAUUCAGCACUGAGAAGCUUGAAUCAAAACCCCAGUUUUCCUUAAGACCUUACCUUGUAAUCCAGGGCUCUGGGAUCUGGGCUUUUUCCUGGUUAAGCCAUUACAGACUCUAUCACAGUUCCUAUGAAAUGUGGGAAAUCACUUCUUGUCUGCAAUCACCAUUGCCUUGAGCUCUCACCUGACCAUGUGCUGGUCAGGACUUUUAAAAUUUAUUCUGUUUUACCAGACUAGAAAAAAUAAAAUGCCUUUAAUAAUUCCCCUCCACCACUACAACCACAUUAUUUCUUACAAAUUGCUUAAUCUUCAUAGCAAAGUUGUUUUACAAAGGUCAGAUGAAACCAGUCUUGCACUUUUAAAAACCAGCUUCACAAAUCCUUUCAAAAUUAGUGGUUUUGUUUUAAACAAUAGGCAUUUUUAGGUGAUUGUUUCCCUAGUUUGAGGGUAUAAUUCAGCCAGUAGGGGAUGGGUAACAGCACCAUGCCUGCCAUCCUAUCACAGAACAGGAGCAGGGUUCAUAUGGACUGGCACAGGCUCAAUACUGAGCAAUGACAUGGGAUAAAUAACUUGGAGACAGAGAUGGGACAGGAACGAGGAGACAACGCUGUGUAACUGCAGAACUCAUCAGUGCAAAAAGAACAUUUCUGGCCUUCUCCUUUUCUUCAUUAUCUUAUCUUGUAGGAGAGGAAUUCCUGCACCAGCCAUGCAGGACUGAUGUGCUGAGCAGCUGUUCACACUUUCUCAAGUGUUAAAUUUUCCAGAGUGAGCUCUGUGUGUGCAGGGAGAAAGCCAUGCAGCUCUUGAAACAAAGGAAGCCCCAAAGUGUUCCUGUAACAUCCAGUAAUGGAGACUUAGUGCAAAUAACCUGUGUGAACAGACGUGACUUGAACCAGCAGUGAAAGCCACAGAACUCCCUUGAGCCAGGUCAAAGCUACCUCAAGCUGUGGAUGCUGUGCUGAGAGGGGGCCCUGCCCAGGCCUGGGAUGCUGCAGGAGCAGGACUUGGGGCUGGUUUAGACCACAUGAGGUUUGUGAGGUCCCCACAUACUCAGGGGUCAGGCAGCAGCAUGCUUGGAACAUGAUAUUUAUUUAUGCUACCACAGGGAAGGUUCUCAUUUAAUGGCAGGGUUUUCCCUCCUCCUGAGCAGUGCCUUCCUUUUCCCUCACAAGCUGCGAGUUGACUGCCUGGCUUUUGGAAGGAGGUGAGUUGUCUUUUAUAGUUUCCACUAAAUAAAAUAUCAGCUUGGUCUGCCUGUUCGCUGUGACCCUGGAAUAGCCCAGCUGAAAGGUGAUGCCCACACCAAUCCCUGCAGAAAUCUGGGCUGUGUGAUGGGCUCUGCUUCCCUCCCAUCCCUUUGUCCUAUCCCAAGCAUUGUCACCAGCUGUGUGUACCCGUGGAAAUGCCAGCAGCAGAGUUCUGCACACAGUAAUUAACAUGCUGUAACUCUACACCACAACAAUCCUAACCUGGUGUUUUCCCCCCCCAGCUGUGAGCCUAUGGAUACAGUUCCUGCCUGCAGCUGGAUGAUGUGUUAAAACCCAUGAACAAACCUGCUUUUCAAAAUCUCUGCGGAUCUCUAUGAUCAACAUGCAAAAGUAUACAUUAACAGGGGUUAAUUCUAAAAGAUAAAAGCAGUGCUGGAAGGCCCUCCAGGGCUCUGUGUUCCCAGUCAGGGUGCAAGAUGCCACACUGGGAUAGGAACAGUUCACCUGGAGCCUGCCUGUGCUCCCAGAACACACUGCUGCUUCUCUGGCAGCACAGCUCCCUGCCACACACCUAUUCCAGCACUGUAGUUACCACGAAGGAACAAAUACUUCUGUCUUGGCUCCAACAGGCUAAAAUUGUCACUUACCUUUUCAUUCUGCCAUUGCUCAGAAUGGAGCUUCCUCCCCAGAGAAUGAGCUACCAGGUACAGGAAGGAGCUGCUCUUGCACAGGACCAUUCUUGCCACAGAAGGAGCUUUUUGGAUAGUGAGAAUAGCACCAAUUCUCUUUUUUUUUUUUUCUCACAGAACAGGGUCAGAAGCUUUAACACCUUUCCCCUCCCUGCCUGGACAAGUAAUGAGUGACAAGAUGAACACUCCCCACACACAGCAGUGUCAACAAUAAUUACUUUGCCCACUGAGUUUCAGAGAGGAUGACAGCUUACCUGUGUGCCUACCUGUUUGGACUGUGUGUACAACACAAGUUUAUUCCAGCUGCAGCUCAACUCACCACUGCAGAUCCCAUUUGCUACACACCAGUUACUGGUGAAAAUGUGCCAGAUUCAGAGUGCUGGCACAGGUCUGAUGUGGUUAUGGCUAGCUCUGUUGUUUUGGGGAAUAUUCACUCCCAGAAAAACUACAGAGAAUGCUUAUGGAGUAUUUUCAAAGAGCUCUGACCUGGUAAGGUCCCUUCCCUUGGGGGACCUCAGCCCAGGUGAGGCAUACCUCUCAAACCCAGACUCUUCUUGUUGUUGCCUCAAUUCAGACCAGAUUUCCAGAUGCCUGAAGCUACCACCACCUUGUAAACAAAGCUGCAAUUACACCUGAAAUCCCCUAUGGUAAGCACACAGACAACUGUUUUCUGUGGCUGUUUUAAACCACCUACAGAAACAGCAAAGCAUUUCAGAUCCUCCCAUCCACCACAAUGUCCCCCAUUCAUAACCCCCAGCUAAAGGAGCCAUGUCACAGCUCAUGCAGUCACCAGGAUCCCCUGCAGGUGAGGAGGGAGCUGCCCCAUUCCAGGACAGCACUCACUGGGGUGUUUCUGACAAUAAACCUGACUCACUGUCACUAAUUGUGGAGGGUGUGUGAUGACCUAGGAGAAGAGUUCAUUUACACAGUUGCACAAAUAAACUCCUGUGGUCAGAGAACUGACCAAGAGACAAGAAAACUGGAAAGGAAGCAUAAUGCAAUAGUUAUACCUCAUUUGUGGCAUUGCAGCUAUGCAGUUGGUUUUUUUCUCCUGCUAAUUGACUUUGUUGUGUUAAAUUGAAUUUGAGCAGUACUUACAGUUCAAUUCUUUAGGAAAGCAGAAAAGUGCACUGAGAUGGAGAGAUGCAUUAACUUCUGGCAGUUCUCAGAGCCCCCUCCCAUUCCUCCUCAGCAAGAUGUGCAACUGGAAUCCCCCUGGUGACUGAACUAUGGUCGUGACAAACAGAACUUAAUCAAAUCUGAGCAAUUUGGAAAAAGAACAGAAAGCUUCUAUUCCCAAUUCACCUAUCCUGCUGGGAAUCUAACUUGACAAAAGCUCCAAGCAGGAUGAAAGCUUUGCCAAAGGAAUUAGAGUGGCAGCCUCAAAAAAGAACACAAGCAAGUUUAAAAGAGCCCUCAAAGCAGCAGCAGAGGCUGUACCAUAGCUCAGGCUGAUGGUCACACACAGCUUCAGCUUUCCCACAUUCCAUGCAGGGCACCACAGACGUGAGGACAGACAGAGUCCCCCUAAGCAGACUUCCAGCUCAGAACUCGUGGCCCCCAAGCCACAGCUGAGUCAGACCCUGGUGCUUCCCACCUGGUCCCACUUCCCCUGGCACAAGUGGUGCCACAUCCCUGCCACUGUGGCAGCAGGGACAGGCAGGGGUGAAGAACAUGGGGUGAACAUGUUUGUCGUGGGGUUCCACCCCUCAUGCCUGCAGUGGCAGCAGUCUCCACAGCUUCUCCACCUGUCCAGUUGAGUCCCUUUCAGGCCACAUACCUGCUACAGCUGCAAUCUGUUUCCCAGUUCUGGCUUAGGCUAAGGGCAUCCAGAGGGUUUAGACUGUCACUUGUCACACACCCUAGGGCCAGGCUCUUAGUGCCUGGGGCAGUCAGUACCUCCACACCAUCCUCUCUUCUCUUGGGGGUUACAGACACUGUGUCCUCCCUGGGAGCCUUGGAGGGCGCCUGUCACACAGCCACACUGCCCCUUCUCAGCCUUUGUCCCACUGUGGUCACCACCAGCAUGAGGCAGGGGCACAGGGUGAGACUUUUUCAGCCCUCCUGCCAAAGACUGGCUUUUGGGCACUCCUACCCUCCCAGCCUCGGGGCACUGGGGAAAGCUGCAGUCGGGAAAAAGGGAGGGAGCUGCCAAGACAUCAGAGUGCACAGGGGACAUCACACUUUAAUCAGAGGGCAACGGCGUUAAUGAGGGGAAACUGGGAUCACAGAGGGACAGAGGACAUCGUUCUGGUUAUACCUGGUGUACAAACCAUGGUUUUAACAGAUGUUUGUUAAACAA